AAAAUGGGAAAGUUGAGGGGAGAUUCUUCUCCACACAACGAUUUCGAAAUCAAUUGGAGCUGAAGAGAUUCAUCAUUAUACUGGUAAAUAGUAUGGCGUGGUUUUCUGGAGUCAAGAAGAAGGAAGGCGGUGAAAGAGUGGGUGUAUUAGGGUUCCUGAGGCUAGUGGUAGCUGCAACAAUGGGAUGUUUUUUCGGUUGUCUUCGAGUGAAAGAACCACACUCUCGUCACAAAACUACUCCUGAGAAGGAACGCUUGGUGCAUCGUGAUAGGAGCGCACUAUCAUCUAUAUUUCUUGCUGAUGGUUUACAAGAAUCAGAAGAUGAUUUAAAUCGAAAGUCAGUGGAUGGUUGCGGUCCAAUUUCUGAAGAAAUUGAUAUCAAGGAGCUCAAGGACGAGGCCAAGUUCCUGAAAGCAUGUGGAACUUUGCUUGAGAUUCCUGUUGAAAUUCAAAAAGUCUCUCGUAAAUGGGUGGAUACAGACGCUCACAAAGAAGAAUCCAGUCCUUUGAUGACCUGUGUAUCCACUGAGCAACUGACACUUAAAGAUCCACCAGAUGAAUCUUUAACGUCUGCUAUAACUUGUGGAAAAUGGGUAACUGGUGAAGGAUUUUUGGUAGGCACUCCAAGCAGUGGCUUGACUGCAAGAGAUAAUACCAGAAGGGACUCUACCAGCUCCACUCAGAGCAGUGACAAUCACGGUGCCAUAACUCCUAGUAACGUGACUGACGAAGCUCAUCACUCUGCAGUUUCACCUGAAGCCUUUGCUUCUACAGUACGGCGCACGAAUAAAUCUGUGCACUUUGAGUGCCACUCUGCUAGAUCAUCUAAAAAUUCUGUUAAGCGCAUAAAGCAAUCUGGAUCAUCUGGUGAUUCUAGUGUAUCAAUGGCAUCACCAUAUCCAACCCCACUACACUUGACUGAUGAGAUGCAAACACCCGGCACUGUAUUCCCUUCAUACACAAACAAUAUUGCUGGUGGGACGACUAAGAUCCAAUCUCAAUACGUGUAUUCUGUCUUGAAUCCAAUUCAGUAUCAAUCCCAGUGGAAUGAGUUGAAUGAAGAGAACUCAGAUCCCAACCACCAGAGGGAAUCACCAAAGCCUAAUGAUGAAGCAACCUUGAUAUCAACCCCGAUGUCAGUCGCCUUGAAGGAUGCUCCUUCGCUUAAAAGUGUCAAGAAGGAGGAACUGAGCUUGUCUGAGUGGAUUAAAUCGCAACCAGCCAAUCAAGAUGGAAGCAACGGACAUGCUGGCGAAAAUGUUCAUAACUGGAGAAGUCCGGGAGAUCGACCUAUUCUUGGGAUGGUGGCAGCUCAUUGGAAUGAUGAAGAAGCCACUCAAGUCUCUCCUAAAUGGUGGGGUGUAAAUGGCAUUCCCAACACAACUACCAAGUACAAAGAGGAUCAGAAGGUUAGCUGGCAUGCUACACCAUUCGAAGAGAGGCUUGAAAAGGCAUUAUCCGAAGACAGCAUUAUUUCUCAGAGGAAACAAAUCAGUGGUGGCCCGCCAGUCGAAUUCGAUGAAUGUGAAGAAUCUGAUACCGCUUCGUCACAACCUCAAUCUUCUUCAGCCCAUCUCAGUGCUGUUGUUACAGUCUGAUUGAAAGGCCAUUUCUAAAGUAUGCAAGUUCACACAGUUGAUGCAUCAUUGUGCAUGAAAGUUUGUGUUGUUCCAUCAUUGUACAUAAUAAUGAGCCUUUUACUGUAAUGCUCCCCUUUCUGUAACAAUCUCUACGAUUCUGCACUUUUUCUGUAAUGCUUCCCUUUCUUCCUUUCUAAUUGAAGAAACUUCUCAACUUAACUUUAUGAAAA